AUGACCAAUGAGAAUUGAAGAAUCAAAGGAAGUCGGAGAUUCCUAGUUAUUUCCUUCGUGGGUUUGUCUGUCGAAGAAGAAAAGAAUCUUUAUGUUUUUAUUUUUUCAGCUGCUGCUCUGUGUUCAUCAUUUUCGUUGAUAGUAUCUGGAAGAAAGAGCCGUUUGGGUUAAAAGAUGAUAGGUUUCUGGACUUCUCUGGAAGGUAUUCUGCUUUUCGCAAAUGCAUUAGCCAUACUGAAUGAAGAUAGGUUCCUUGCUCCAAGGGGAUGGACACUGGCAGAACUCCAAGGAAGCACAAGAAAUUCACUCAAGGGGCAGAUUAUUGGGCUCGUACAUGCUUGCCAAUUUAUGAGACUACCCCUUAUACUUCUAAACAUCAUCGUUAUCAUAUUGAAGCUGGUCCCUGUUUGAGGUUGAGGAAGAAAAUAGUUCAUAGCUUGGAAAGUCUCGUGUUUGUAUAAGGAAGUAUGACAGUCUCGUUCUUUCCCCCUCAAGGGUUGUGCUGUGCACACCAAAGUCUCAGAGUUUUUUUUUUUUUUUUUUCUGUACAACAGAACAGUAGCUGUUUCUCUAGUGACUUAUCUGUCACCUCUUUUGUAUCUUUCAUCCCUGGCUGUUUUUGUCCAUCUACUCGUUAACCUCAAUGAAAUUACUAAACUAAAGUGUUACAUUUAA